GAUGGUCUGGAUCAAACUGUAAACGUCUACCGACGAAUGCGGGGUGAUGGUGAAAGGUGAAAAGCUUAGCUAUUUUAGCGUGUGCACAGACAGCAGACCGAUCCUAGCAUCAGAGAGAAUCAAUGAGGUCAAAUGCGCCUUCGGCGAGUUUACCCUUCCUUCGGUGACAUCCGGCGAGUUUGGGGUUCAAUCGGGAUCAGAACACACCUGUUCACAAGAAAGAGGAGGACUUUUGUCAUACUUCUGCUGCUGCAGCUUAGCGCCGAGCGGAGUUCGGCAUUGCACUCCCCGAUCAGACAUCUCAUCUUCCCCUCCCCCUCAAAUAAUCCAACACCACUCCAUCCACCAUCAAACUCCCACCCACCUCCAAAGAUGUCUGCCUCCACCAUGCGCGCAUGGGUCUACACCCAGUCAGGCCUACCCUCACAGACCCUGAGACCAACGACCACCUUCCCCGCACCAACGCCCUCCUCCCUCGGUCCCACCGACCUCCUCAUCGAAGUCGACUACGUCUCGCUGAAUGCGAUCUGCACGACGAUGAUGCGCGCCCUCCCCCCGCAGCCCUUCUCCCUCGGCCUCCCCUUCCGACGCCGCAUCGCCGUCCCCGAAUUCGAGUUCAGCGGACGCAUCCUCGCCACAGGGUCGCAGGUGCCCGCCACCCGACCCGAACUGACCCCCACCGCCCGAGUCGCAGGCUGCGUCUCCGAGCAAGAAGUCUUUGGAACAGGGAAAGGCGCGCUCGCCGAGCGGUUGAUCGCGCCAGCUAGCCAGGUCAUCGCGCUGACCAGUUGCCCCUUGCCCCUUCAGCCCUCACCCUCCGCUCAGUCACCAUCCCAACCCGAAACCCCACCUGCACCUGCACCGCAACCAGAACCGCUAUCACCAUUAGAAGCAUCUGGCCUAACAGCGUGCGGCUGCACCGCCAUGCAAACCCUAUCCCUCACCGGACUAAUAGCAGGGGACAAACUGCUUGUGAACGGGGGCAGCACGAGCGUGGGGAUGCUCACGAUCCAGAUCGCACGGCACAUUCUCGGCGCGACCGGCACGAUCGUCGCGACGUGCUCAUCGCGCAAUGCGGCGCUGGUCGGCUCGCUCGGCGUCGACGAGGUCAUCGACUACGUCGCGCACGACCCGCUGCACGAGCAUCUCCGCGCCCACCACUCCUCCUCCUCCUCCUCCGCGGCCGCAAAAACCCGCCCCUUCGACGCGAUCAUCGACUGCGUCGGCGACGCCACGCUCUACCGCCACUGCGCGGCGUACCUGGCCGAAGGCAAACCCUUCAUCAAUCUGGGACAGAUGAACGCCGCGCCCGGAUUCUGGGGCCAGCUCGCGUGGGCGUGGGAGCAGGUGGCGCUGCGGUUUUGGCCGGUCGUGUUCGGGGGCGCGCCCCGGGGCUAUCGGUUCUAUAGUGGGCGGCCGCGGGCGGAGGAUAUGGGGCGGGUGCUGCGGUUGGUGGAGCGGGGGGUGGUGCGGGUGGUGGUGGAUUCGGUGUGGGGUUGGGGGGAGGUGCCCCAGGCGUAUGAGAGGAUGGAGAGUAAGCGGGCCAGGGGGAAGGUUGUUGUGAGGGUGCGGGGUGAGGAUGCGUGAUACUUGCGAGUGGUUUCCUGAAAGGUUUCGGAUAUUAGUCUGGUUGCCAUUCCAGAGAUGCGGUGGAUUGAGUGAUGGCGGAUCUGUGGGUGGAGGAGGGAUGUUUUCAACUACACACCCAGUUGAACCCGACUCUUAUGCAAUCUUGGGUACACAUUCUUGGAGGAAACAGGACAAGCAUAUGUGUAUCAUAUUGCUGCACCCAUGUCCCUGUAUUCCGUACAGAGCUGUAGCUUACAGUAGUGAGAGUGUUACAAAGAAUAGCAUCAUAACAAUUCACCUUCACCCC